AUGGUCGAUAGUGAGAAGAGUCCAACGAUCGGAUAUCGCGAUCACGGCGCCACUAGUUCCGAUGGAUGGGUCCUGCAGAAUGUCUUACCAGAUACCGGCAGACCCUGGUACAAACAACGUCACCUGGUGCUACUCAAUCUCGGCAUGAUCAUUCCCUAUCUGUCCUCGACAACCAAUGGGUACGACGGGUCGAUGCUGAACGGUCUCCAGUCCAUGACUCAGUGGCAGCGGUUUUUCGGCUCGCCGACGGGCACUCGACUGGGGUCCCUCUCGAACGGGGUGAUCUUCGGCCAGAUCCUGGCAUUUCCGAUUGCACCAUGGCUGUGUGAUCACACAGGACGUCGAUUUCCAAUCUUCUUGGGAUCAUCUCUUCUGGUCGUCGGCGCCGUUCUGCAAUGCGCAGCCCAGGACUAUACCAUGUUCUUGAUCUCACGCAUGGUCAUUGGCUUUGGGGGUCUGAUUGCCGUCGAGGCAUCACCGAUGCUCGUCAGUGAACUAGCGUAUCCAACUCAUCGUCCCGUGCUAGUGGGAUACUAUAAUAAUGCGUGGUAUUUGGGGGCGUUGCUCGCCGCAUGGGUCACGUACGGUACAUAUUUCAUGGGAUUAGAUACAUCAUGGGCAUGGAGAAUACCAUCACUCCUUCAGGGGUUCUUCCCACUGGCUCAAGUUGCUUUCGUCUAUCUACUUCCCGAAUCACCGCGAUACCUAGUGCAACAAGAUCGCUACGACGAAGCCCGUCAAAUCUUGACAAAGUACCACGCUGGCGGGGAUGAAACCUCGCCUCUGGUGGAUUUCGAGAUGCAGGAAAUCAUUUUACAAAUCCAAACAGCCAAACAAGCCUCCAAAUCAGGCUAUCGUGAAUUCCUCACCACCCGUGGAAACUUACACCGCCUGUUCAUCAUCAUUGCGGUUCCCUGCAUGAUGCAACUUUCUGGCAACGGCUUGAUCUCAUACUACCUGCAUCUGAUCCUCAACUCUAUUGGAUUCACCUCCGAUCCACAGCAGCUCCGCAUCAACGGCGGUCUCAUGGUAUUCAACCUUAUCGUCUCGGUGGCGCUCGCAUCACUGAUGGAAUGGGCCGGGAGGCGCCGACUCUUCCUCUGCUCGACAAUCGGUAUGCUGGUCUGCUAUGUUAUUUGGACAAUACUCUCUGCAAUCAAUGAACAACGACAUUUCACGGAUAGUUCGCUUGGAACUGGGGUGGUCGUGAUGAUCUUCCUCUAUCAGCUAUGCUACAACGCCGGUCUCAACGGGCCGCCUUGGGUGUAUGUCACCGAAGUCCUUCCUACCCAUCUCCGAGCCAAGGGGACCAAUAUCAUGCAAAUCGCAUCUACUUGUGCGCUGAUUUUCAAUGGGUAUACGAACCCGGUGGCGAUGGAUGCGAUCAGCUGGAGAUAUUACGUUGUCUACUGCUGCAUUCUGGCUGUUGAGAUUGGCAUUGUAUAUUUUGGAUUUCCCGAAACCAAGGGCUACAGUUUGGAAGAAGUUGCAUUGAUUUUUGAUGGCGAGGAGGCUUUCGGUAAUCGAUUGGCGAAGGAUUCGGCAUAA